AUGCCAGCUGUCCCCGGGCCCUGCAUCGUCCCCAGCUCCAUCCCCUGGCCCCAGCAGGCCGGUGGUGACAUGCCAGGUCCCCCCCCUCCAGAGGUACUGCAGUCCCCCUGCUAUGCAAUUGUCCCGGAGGGCAGCUCCGUCAACAUCACCUGCUCCAGCAGCGGCUGGCUGAGGGGGAUCUACCUCAACCGAGACUGGCCCAGCGCCUCUAGUCCCAUCAGCUACUAUGAGGACGGCAAGACGCCCACCGUGGACAAGCUGUUCCGGAUGCGCAUCAACUUCUCGGGGUCACAGCACAACCUGACUAUCACCAUGCAGCGCCUGCAGCCUGCCGACACUGGCGUCUACACCUGCCAGGCCAUCGUGGACGACAAGAUCUCGGGCGCCGGAACCCUGGUUGUGGUGACAGACAAAUCGUCCCCCAGAGCAGACUUAUGCCGGAACGACUGGGCGAGAGCCUUUGGCCUCCCUGUGGCCCUGGCCGUGUGCUGCUUCCUCGCCGGGCUGGUCCUGGGGGUGGUGUGUGCACCGAGGACGACGCAGAUCAAGAAGCUCUGCUCGAGGACGGACCGGAGCGCAGACGUCGUGGUCUAUGAGGACAUGUCCUGCAGCCGCCAUAACACCCUGUCCAUCCCCAACCAGUACCAGUGAGCCUGGCACCGAGCACCUGCCACAGCAGACCUCAGAGAGAAC